AUGAGAGGAAGACCCCCAUCAAAGAUCUUUGCCAAGCAUGCUGGCACCACUUCAACGCUGUCCUCCCAAGACGAAGCCCUUCACUUUGACGAUUCUCUGGUUCACCAUCCUGCACAUUCUCCUGCUCAUGCUUCGGUUUCUCAUACUCUCGCCCCAUGCAAUUCUGCCUCUGGUACUUCUACCGAUACUUCUGCCGCUCCUUCAGCUUCUUGUACGCCAGCCGCACCAACAAACGUCUCCCCCGUCCCACAUUCGGACGCACCUUCAACGUCAAUAAUCCCUUCUGCACCCCCAACUUCCAUGAUCCCUUCUCAGCCAGCUUCAACCUCACCUUCACGUGGAAGACGUGGGACGGGUAAAGGCAAAGGCAAACAAGGAGGACAAAAGGGCACAGAUGGGAGAAAAAGUACCCCUGGUGCUGUCAAUGCCCCUCCCGAUUCCUCUGCUGCUACACGCAAGCGCGCUCCCCUUCAUCACGUACCGAAGGUGAACAUCAAGCCCAAGCACGUUGUCCAAAGUCUUCAAGUCGACGUUGCUGGCUACGGCUCUUUGAAUAUCGACGAUGACUUAGAACGAUUCAAGGAAAAGGGUGGCAUUUAUGAGCUGACAGGCACUCGAGCUUGGAUGGCCAUCCAGAUGAUGUUCACACAACAACCAGGCCAAGAUAACAUCCGACAUGAAAUCGCACAUGAUCUGGAAGGUUAUUAUUAUGUGCUCCUCACCCUCGCAUUCAUGUUUGAUGCACCAUACGGAUUGAAGAAAGUUCCACACCCCGAUACAGCUAGCGGAGGGGAGAUGUGGGUCCAUCGUUGGCUUGAGAACACCAUAGAGAAGGAGAUCUGGCAUGAAGCGGUAGAAAAACAACACUAUCUGGCUACUGACGCAGGGUUCGGUAUGGUGGACGGAGUGUUGGGUAACGACUGGGCAAAUGAGCCUGUCAGGACGAUGUUGAAGGAGAUGAGGACGAUCCUCUUCGUUGAAAGCGCACCAAGCCACUCCCGCAUGCUCGACGUCAUCAACACUGCACUCUUCAAGCUCCAUACUGAUCGUACAUUGGCCCAUCUCUGCCAGCCUCAACAGAUGACCAAUGAGUGGGCCAGGGCGGUAGGCGGUGGCGGAUUUGCCAAACGCUCACAGACGCUCCCUGCCUUGUGCAUGAAUUUGUUGUACCACAAGGAUCGUCAAAAUGCCGAUCUCAAUCUCUUUGCUCGCAUGCCCUGUCCCCCAGUCCAAGAACGCAAGCUCAUGCCUGGUAACUCGUCACAGUACCUGAAAGGCACCGGUGGAAAGACAGCAGAUCACAUUAAUGUAAUGGCCGCACCUGUGGUGCUGAAGGAACUUCGGAAGGAAUGGGCAUCUUAG